AUGCCCUCGUCUCACCCCCGAAAAAGAAUCAUCGUCGCCAUCACAGGGGCUACAGGAGCUGAAAUCGGCAUCUGCCUUCUGCAAACCUUGAGAAAGCUCAACGUCGAAACUCAUCUGAUCAUCAGCAAGUGGGCCGCUGAGACGAUCAAAUACGAGACGGAUUACACACCCGCCGCUGUCAAGGCCCUGGCGGAUUUUUCCUACAACUCACACGACCUGGCGGCUCCCAUUUCAAGUGGCUCUUACAAGGUGGAUGGCAUGAUCGUGGUUCCGUGCUCCGUUAAGACUCUUGCGGCUAUCAAUGCUGGAAUUUGCGACGAGCUCAUCACUCGGGCAGCUGAUGUAUGCCUAAAAGAACGGAGACGACUUGUUCUGUCAGUUAGAGAGACGCCGUUGAGUGAGAUUCACCUGCGAAAUAUGCUGGAUGUAACACGGGCCGGAGGCAUUAUUGCGCCUCCGGUGGUAGGGUUCUACACAAAGCCAUCGUCAGUGGAAGACGUCAUUUGUCAAAUGGUCGGUCGGUUAUUGGAUCUCUUCGACCUGGAUUCUGGGAAUUUCGAGAGAUGGAAUGGUAUAAAUAAUAAAAUUUAA